AUGGUCGAGAUUACCAAUGAAUCAAGGGAUCCCAAUUCCGAGAAUCUCAAAUCAGAUGCUUUGUUUGACGAGACUUCCCUGAGUGUCGAGGCACAAAGGCUAGAACGCUCAACUUUGCGCAGAUUGGAUUCAAUUUUGAUUCCGCUAACUCUGAUGCUAUACCUUCUGGCCUGGCUAGAUCGAGCAAAUGUGGGAAAUGCGCGAGUUGCAACUAUUACUGUGACCUACGUCCCGUAUAUCCUCGCGGAACUUCCUUCCAAUUUGCUGUUGAAAGCCGUGGGUCCACGAAUUCUAUUGCCCGUCCUGUGCACUGGCUGGGGAACUGUUACAGUGUUACAGUCCCAGAUCCAUAAUUAUGAAGGCUUCCUCGCAUGUCGCUUCUUUCUAGGGCUCCUAGAGGGCGGAUUAUUCCCGGGAAUUGUUCUUUACCUCGCUGGGUUUUAUCGACGACAUGAAUUGCAGAUGCGUAUUGCAUUUUUCUUUUCGGCAGCCUCUUUGAGCGGUGCAUUUUCCGGUCUACUAGCCGCCGCGAUCCAGCAGAUGGAUGGAAUGCGCGGUCUCAGGGGCUGGCAGUGGAUUUUCCUCCUCGAAGGGCUGUUCACGGUCUGUUUCGGUAUCGUCUCAUUCUUCCUACUACCCAAUGGGCCGGAUAGUGUCAUGACAUUCACUCCGCAACACAUCGAACAUUGCGUGGCUCGGUUACGCCUUGAUCAAAAUUUCCUGGAAAACGAGAAGGUGACUUGGAAAGAGGUUAUCUCGGUCCUGGCCGAUCUCCACGUUUGGGUAGCCUGCUUUGCGCUCUUUUGUAGCGGUUGCUGCUUGUUUGGGUUGGCAUACUUUUCACCCUCAAUUGUACAGGCCCUGGGGUAUGGUAGCACAAAAACCCAGCUGAUGACAGUGCCGCCGUAUGCCUGUGCCUUCGUCGUUACCAUGAUAUGCGCAUUUUUUGCUGAUCGGUAUCGCCAACGAGGGCUUUGUGCAUUCAUUACCUUCGGUAUUGCACUCAUCGGUGCAGCACUGGCUCUCAACGCCAAAGGGACGGGCCAACGGCGGGAUCUUGAGUACCUGGAUCUAUCCGAAGUCAUCGGCACCCCACUUUCGAAUGGGGACCAUGGUCAAUAUCAGUGUGAUUUCCACUGGGAUGGCUCUGGUGGCAGGACAAGUCCUGCUGUUGAAGUGGCUGAACAAUAG